AUGGGGGUGGACGGCGAAGGCGGCUUCUGCUCCUCCUCUUCGGCCGGCUUUGCAAAAGGCCCCGAUCCUCCUCUUCCUCCUGCGCCUCGGGGGCAACUCACCCGCCUUCCCCGGGGGCUGCUGGGGGAGAGCUGCGUCCCGAUCCGCGGCGCUGGCUGCCCCCCGAGGAGGAGCCUCUGCCGCCGCCUCCUUCCUCCUCCUCCUCCUCCUCCGGAGGUUCUAAAACGGAACAAACGGAAACGGCAACUCGUCGACUUCCGACGCCCGGCAGGACGCAGCGCAAAGGGGUCCGGGCUGCAGAGAGGCGAGGGCGGCGGUGUACUUUCUUUUCUUGCCCCCUCCGCGCUUGCAUUUUGCAGGCGUCGCGUCUUGCAGAUCGGAGGACUCAUGUCUGCUGUUUGGCUCCAGGUUGGACAGUGCGGCAACCAGAUUGGACAGGCAUGGUGGGAAGCUGUUACCCGGUCCAGAAGCAGAGAUGCCAACCUGUACCCGUUCUCCUCCCUUGAUGGCAAGCUGAGUGCUAUCUGUGUCGACAGUGAGCCAAAGGUGGUCAAGACGCUGCAGAAGCGAAUCCCGAGAGGAUCAUUCAGAGAGUCCAACCUCAUCGUGGGGAAGCAAGGAAGAGGCAACAACUGGGCCUAUGGGUAUCACGGCGUCCGUUCCGAGGGGGAGCAGAGCUUAUCCCACAGGACCAUGGAGAGCCUGAGGAAGGAGGUGGAGCGCAGGGACUGCUAUAGCGGGGUGGUCCUCUUUCACAGCCUCAGCGGGGGGACUGGAGCAGGGCUCAGUUCCCGCUUGUGCGAAGCCAUCCGGGACGAGUACCCCGUGGGACACAUCCUGGCGGUCUCAGUGGCGCCUCACCAAGCCGGCGAGAGCCCUCUUCAGCACUACAACGCUUUGCUCUGCCUUUCCUGGCUCCAGAGGUAUACAGACGGCAUCCUCCUGUUCCACAACGACGAGGUGCUGAAGCGCGCAGCAACCCUGCAGGAGAAGGCGGCCGCUGAAGGCGGGCAGCAAGUUCCCCUCUCCGCCAUGAACGCCUAUCUCGCUUCUUGCCUCACGGCGUUUCUCUACCCGCUCGAGAUUUUCACAACCCAAAGUGGGAUUAGCCUGGGCAUGGAACCGUGGGAGCUUCUGAGAGCCACCUGCCCUGGGCCAGGCCUGAAAUUCCUGCACACGGCCCAAGCCAGCACCAGGGGAACAGUCUUUUGGGACAGCCUGGCAUCUUCCGUGACACAGUCCAUUUCUCGCGAGUCUCCCUCUGGGCACCCCCACUGCAGCUCAGGGCUUCUGGCCGUGGCCCGCGGCCUCCAGGAAGACGCUUUCCUCGUCGGCUGCAAGUCGGUGCUGAGGAAGCUGAAGCAGGCGUACCGCUGCGUGCCCUGGAAUCCCUUCCCCGCCACUUACUGGACAGACCCGGUCAGCCUCGGGGCUCUCGGCCGCAACAGCCACACCUUAACUGUCUGCGCCAACCACAGCAGCUCGGCCGACCGCCUGCAGAGGGUGGAGCAGCGAGCCUGGCAGAUGUACAAGAGCAAGGCCUACCUGCACUGGUACUGGCGGCACGGCUGCGAGGAAGGGGACUUUGAGCAGGGCUUCGAGACACUCCGCUCCAUCGUGGAGGAUUACAGCCACCUCGGGGAUUGACCUGGACGCUUUGCAAUGCACACAGCCGCGUUUUGCAAG